UUACAUCUAAGUAGAUAUCCAUAUCUAUUUAUAUGCAUGAAUUGAGAGUAAAAAAGUGGGAGUUUCUAGCUUUGUUUUUUUUUUUUUGGUGAACUGUUUCUAGCUUUGUUGUGUAUAUGAAUGUUCUUUUGACAAAAUUUCCCGAUGAUUGAAGCAAUGGAUGAAGGUGGGAGUAGUCAGGACGCAGAGAGUAGCAAGAAGAUAGCUAGAGGGAAGACAGAGAUAAAGAGGAUACAGAACACAACAAGUCGUCAAGUAACCUUCUGCAAACGACGCAAUGGUCUUCUCAAGAAAGCUUAUGAGCUCUCGGUCUUGUGUGAUGCUGAAGUUGCCCUUGUUAUUUUCUCCACUCGUGGCCGUCUCUAUGAGUACGCCAGCAACAGUGUGAAGGGUACAAUUGAAAGGUACAAGAAAGCUUGUUCCGAUGCUGUUAACCCUCCUACUGUCACCGAAGCUAAUACUCAGUACUAUCAGCAAGAAGCUUCUAAGCUUAGGAGGCAGAUACGUGACAUUCAGAAUUCUAACAGGCAUAUUGUCGGGGAAUCACUUGGUUCCUUGAACCUCAAGGAACUCAAAAACCUAGAAGGACGGCUUGAAAAAGGAAUCAGCCGCGUCCGAUCCAAGAAGAGUGAGCUGUUAGUAGCCGAGAUAGAGUAUAUGCAGAAGAGGGAAAUGGAGUUGCAGCACAAUAACAUGUACCUACGAGCUAAGAUAGUGUGAUCCAAGGAACGGCGGUUUAUGAGUCCGGUCUGUCUUAUUCUCAUGAUCAGUCCCAGCAUUAUAACCGGAACUAUAUUCCGGUUAACCUCCUUGUACCGAAUCAACAAUUCUCCGGUCAAGACCAGCCUCCUCUUCAACUUGUUUAAGCUUAAUCAUGAUUAAAAAAAAUGUUUCUUCCCACUCAAAACGUUCUUUAGAGAAAGAGAUACCAAGAGUAAAUUAUAUUUAUAUGCCACUUUCUUAUUCAUAGUUUAGGACAAGGC